AUGGGGCCCCACCAUUCUAUCGAGGAGAAAACGUUAUGGUACCCUCAGAGGGCGGCAAAGUCAACUCCGAAACGGAGCUCGGCUUCGUUAUCGCAUUCUCGUCAACAUCUUUCUGGCCGCCGAGCAUUUGGACAACUGCUGACAUGGCGGGCCGGAGCUUGGCGGCGUCCUGAGUGCAGAGGAGCCCGAUUUUCAAGAAUGUACGAGCCUGUUCUAGGUCGAAAUCACCAUUCAACGACUGGUCCACCAUCGAAUUACUCUUGCAAAAGAUUAGAGGAUGUGUUAAAAUUAAACCGUGUUUCGUGCGUUACCAGUUCAAGAAUUGAUUGCUCGCCAGGCGCGCAUGUUAGUGUUGCGCCUUCCGCUGACAAUUUCGAGAAGAAGGAUUCCAUAGCUGUAAAUAUCCGCUUUACGUGUCACUUGGCCUUUCAGUGCAUAUUCCGGAGCCACGUAACCUCUGCAAGCAAAUCGUGCUUUCAAGGCAUAAAAACCGAAAAAAUCGGAUCUCUUUUUCACGACUCACAUUGUCCCGGUCACACGUGUGCUUAUAUGACUCAUGUUGGGUUGUAUGAGCUUGGCAAGGCCGAAAUCCGAGAUCUUAGGGUUCAAAUCCCGGUCGAGAAGAAUAUUGCUGGCUUUAAUGUCUCGGUGGAUGAUGUGUGGUCUCACUUCCUCGUGAAGGUACGCGAGUCCCCUCGCGAUCUCGAUGCAGAUUUUAGCGCGCGCUACUAUUCUCGAGAUAGUUGUAGACGAGGAUUCUUUGGUUGCCUUCCACGCAACAACCGUAAAGCUUCACUAGAUUCUCAGGACCUUAACAGCGGCCAUCCGGCCAUUCCUAAGCUUGCCCUACUCGUCAAGAGUAAUGUCACCUUCAAAUCUCUAAGGACAAAA